AACGUCAACUUGUUUUGCCAACUGGACAAGUCCUGUCAAAUGCAAAAAAAUGUUAUUUAUUUAUUGUUUACAUCCUUUCAAUCAUAACAUUUUUCUCGUGAAUCUAUUCUUCUGAAUUCCUGUUUUAUGUAACAAUACUGUCCUUCGUACAAAAUGUCGUGGCUGAAUUUGAAUCAAAGUUUUAAUAGUUUGAAGGGACAGAUUACAAAUUUUGCUUCGGAAGUGUUAUCCGAGAAUGCAGGGGACGAUGUUGAUUCAGAAGAAACUGGAAUAAGCUCUUCGUUCAAGGAACUUGAAGAUAAAUGUAAUACACAGCAGUUAGAGAUAGCAGCUCUGAAGAAGUUAAACGAAGAAUUACAAGCAACACUGCAAAAUGAGAGAGUAUCCAAGAAGAAUGGCUUCAGAGAAGAAGAAACCACAUGGUAUUGGGACCCACCGUCGCAGUCAACUGAACCCAUUGACCAUGAUGUUGAAAAUCAAUACAAAAUGCACAUACGCACGCUACAAGAAGAACUAUCCGCCAUGAAACAGCGUAGAGAUAGAAAGGAAUCGGAACAUCCUAAUGAAGUGUUACGUCUUAAAGAAGAGAAUAAUAAUCUCAUCAAAAACUUGGAGGAUUUAGAUAGUCAGCAUCGCCAGGCCAUGGACAAACUUCUAACUUUGAAGAGAGACUUGCAACAUAACUUUGAGGUCCUUAAAAAAGAACACGCAGAUCUAAAAAAUGCAAAUGAGGAAUACGCAAAUGAAGUCAAAGGUUUGAUUUUUAAAAUAAAUGAACGUGAUAAAGAAAUUGCUCGGUUAAAACAGUUUUGUACCGAUUAUGAUACUUUGGCACAUAAGUAUCAAAAUCUAGAAAGGAUACAUAUGUUAUUAAAAGAAAAUGCGGAGAAAUUUCAAGAAGAAAACCAAGAUUUACAUGAAGAAAUUUUCAAGUUACAAGAACAAGUUACCAGAUUGGAACACGACGCUGAACUACAUUUUCAUGAACCGGAGACUACUGGCACCGUUUCUAAAGAAAAAUAUGAAGAAUUAUUGAUGCAAUACAACGGUUUAAAAGAAAGAAAAAGUUCCAAUGAAUUACAUCCAGACGAAAUAAAUAUUGAUGAUAAUGCCAAAGUUGUAAUAGAAACUUUGAAACGAGAUAUCCAUGAUUUGAAACAUAAAUUAGCUGAACAAGAAAUCCAUUGUCCGGAUAAAUCAGAUACUAAAGUUGUAAAAGCUGAUAAAAUCAUACAACUUUAUAAUAGGUACGUAAACUUUGAAUUACCUAUUGACUACGUGGGAGAAAUGCCCUCUGAUGAUAAUCUUGUGAUAUUUAAAAUCGAAAGUGUAUUUAAAACUGUCAACUCAUUUAAAAAAGAAAUCGAUAUGCUAGGACAAUUAUUAUCUGAAAAGAAUCGUAACAUAAGUCAAUUGCAAACACAAAUUGACGAUAUGACAACUGAAAAUGAUUUCCUGACCACAGACUUGCAACAUUACGAAAGAGAGUUAGAUGAAAUGAAGAAAAAUAAUGAUUUCCUUCUUUCGGAAAUAACGGCCUUAAAGAAUUCUUCUAAACUCGAACCAAUCAUAGAAACACAUGAAGAUAAUUACACUAAACUAGAAACUGAGUUGGCUGACUCUACUAGAAUGAACAAAACGUUUGAAUCAGAAAUAAGAAGGAUAGAAAAAGAAUUAGUAGAAGUUAAAACAGAGAAGACCAAAUUACAAGAAAGUUUAAAUGAUUUGAAACAAAAAUAUACAUCGAUGCUAAAUGAACUAGAUUUGUGCAAGACUCAGACUAAUAAUAUGGCGGAAUUAGAAAAUAGUUCAAAUGUUAUGAACAAUGAAAAACUUGUUGAUGAAAUUGAUGCAUUGAAGAAGAAAUUGAACGCGCUUACUGCUAAAAAUGAGCAAAGUGCAAUAGACAAACACAUUUUAGAAAACGAUAAAGUUUUGCUCACAAAAGAAAUAGACGAUCUUAAAAAUAAUUUACAAUUAAGAUUAGGAGAGAUUAAAAAAAUAGAAAUCGAGAAUAGCAAUCUAAAGUCCAACGUAUCAGAACUAAUGAAGAAGAUUAAGGAAUUUGAAGGCAAGUUCGAUAAACCAGUCACCACUACUGAGGAGACUUGCUCAACGGAUAUUGAUAAUAAAAGUACAGUUGAUGACUUAAUGUCAGAAAACUUGACUUUAACAACAAGAAUCGAUGAAUUAAAUGGUAAUUUAAAAACAUUAAACACAAGCAUGACGGAACUGUUAGCUGAAAAUGCUACUCUUAGAAAUGAUGCUAAAUCUCAGAUGCAAAAAAUCGUAUCACUCGAGAAAUCAAUAUCGGAAACUGAAAAUGUAGUCAAACAAUUUAAAAUGAUUAGCAAAGAUGUAGUUGCUCUUAAAGAAGAGAAUGACAGACUUUUACGUUUGAAGGAUACUCUAGAAACGGACCUUUUUGCCGCCAACAACAAAAUAUCUAAUCUUGAAGAAGAAUUAGGAAAAUUGGUGUCGGAUCUCAACGAAAAGGAUGUCACAAUUGAUAAACUUCGCACUAACGAAGGGACUAUAGAAAAAUUGCAAAAAAAUAUAUCAUCAAAGGCCCUAGAAAUAGAAGCCUUAAACACGGAAUAUAAAAAGUUAAAUGACAAGCUAAGUAAGACGAAUGACAACUUAAAUCGAAACCAAGACGAGUUAAGUUCAUUACAUGUGAAGAAGGAAGAGAUCGACAAACAGUUGUACGCGUUAAAUGACGAAGUUAACCAUAAGAACUCAGCUAUAGCCAUGUUGUCAGAUCGUAUUGAAAAAUUAGAAAAGACGAAUCAAGACUACAAAUCCAUAGUUGAAAAGAAAGAAAAACAAAUUAAACAAUUAAACCAAUCACUUACGGAGCUUACUGAGAAAUUGACAACAAUUGAUACAACUCACCAAAAUGACGAAUAUAAAAAAUUGAUUGACCAAUUAACAGCAAUUGGUAAACUAAGUUACGAAUUGAACCAACAACUUGAAAAUAAGCAUAAAGAAAUUAAUGACUUGGAACAUAAAAUGGAACAAUUUGAAAAAGCACAUGUCGAAUAUCAAAACAUUGUGGAACAAUCACAGAUUGAGAAAGCGAGUCUUAUUAAUCUAAUUAAUUUGAAGCAUAACGAAAGCUUACAGUAUCACAAUGAAAUUCAAAGAUUGAACCUUGUCAUAUUGGAACAAACCGAGAAACAGAAAAAAAUAGUACAAGAAAUGGAUGCAAUCGUGCAGAAUAAAUCUACGAACUGUACAAAUUGUGAUAACAUUAAAACGUCUCUUAAAGAAAAAGACGAAAUGAUUGCUAAUUUGAAUGAAAAAAUACAAGAUAAAGAAAAACUUAAAGCAGAUCUAACCAAUGCGGGAGAAACUAUUAAAAACUUGACCAAAAGGUGCGAGGAUUUAGACAGUAGUCUAACGAAUCAACAAGAAAUUAUAAAGAAAUUGACUACAGAAAAUGCGCAGUUGUUAGAAGAAGAACAGAAUUCAUCAAAGGAAUUGGAACGUUUGAGAGAACAUUUAAUGGAGAUGGAAGAAAACUACACGCAAGAUUUAAUGACGUCAGAACAAAAGCUGGCAGAAUGUCAGAUGAGAUUGCAACAAGUGGAAGAAAAGGCGAAACAUUCCUGCACCGUUUAUACUAGCAAUAGCAUCCGAGCUAAUCAAGAAGUUGAAACAUAUAAAAACCAAAUAAAACUGUUGGAAAAACAAAGGGAAGAAGUUCAAGCCAAGUUGAGUGACGCUGAAGAUACUAGAAUCAGAAGUGAAGCCUCUCUGGCUAAUCUCCAAGUUGUACUAGAGCAGUUCCAAUUAGAAAAGGAAAGAGAUAUAGCCGCUGCUACGGAGAAGUUACAGAAGAAAUUGGAUGAUAUGAAAUAUCAAAACAAUAAACAAAAAGAAGAAAUAGCGAUAUUGAAUUCAAAGUUGGACGAGUCGUUGGCAGGAUUACAGGCGGCCUCAAGAUUGGGAGAUCAAGUCGAAUCGAAAGCUGCACAGAUAAAUGAUUUGAAAGAACAAGUGAGACUCCUGCAGACGUCAGUUGCGAUGGCGGAGCAGCGUUAUUACAACGCUGUAUCAAACCAGCAGGACAAGGUUGACAAGAACUUGGUCAAGAACCUGAUCAUUAACUACGUGGUGACUGGCGCUAACAGCGUUAUCAACAAAACCCAGGUCUUGCGCAUUCUAUCAACAGUGCUAGACUUCAACCAGCAAGAAUGUGAAAAGCUAGGUCUUGUUAGGUCCACGACGACAACUGACAGUCUGGCAGCAGAAUUCGUCAAAUUUCUACAAAACGAAUCGAAACCUCGACCGCAAUUGCCGAUCAUGAAUCUAGCACAAUCGAGAAGUACAACGCCUACAUCUAGAAGAAGUUCCACAAUGGGUCCAAACCCAAUCAUAGAUCCUGGCCACAGAAGAAAUCCUUCGACUGGUUCGAAUAACGUAUUAUUCCAAAAUCUGGACAGUGAUGCUGUAUCACAGGGCUCCACUGAAUCAGAGCCCAGGGUUGUGAACCUCGGACAACUGGAGACAGGAGUCACACAGACAAGGACAAGCGAGAGCGCCAUAUUGAAGCACGUCCUUAAAGAUAUGUGAUAUACAAAUAUUGUAAAAUAGAAUUACAGGAUUGUUUGUGAAAUGAGUUAGAGGAUUUAUAUGUGAUGUCAAAAUAAAGUCUUGAAUUUAUCGGUCGUAGACAUUAACUAUAUUCCUCAGGACAGGUUAAAGGCGUUAGUAUUUUGUGCCUAUUUGCUAUUACGGCGCUAUUGGUAGCGGUGUUGGGAAUUUGAACUAAUAAGAGAAUUUGGGAUAUUUGGAACGAUGCAAUGUCAUUCCGAAGGAACGGCCUAUCCAACUAUGUCUAUAAAGAUGGUCGUAGUAUCUGUAUGUGAUAUAUUUUGUUAUAUUGAAUAAUAAAAGGGCCCUUAAUUCUUUUACUUCAAUGAUGUCAAAAUGGUUUAUUUAAUAACUAAUCGAUUUGUCAAAUAUUAAAGUACCAUUUUGACAUUAUUAUGUUAGCUAUUAAUAUAUUUCUUUAUAGUACUUUUCUGUCCUUUUCUAUCUUAUCUGUCACACUACCUCAUAAUAAUCUUUGAUAUUCGCCUUAAAUAUCAUUUCCACUGGCGUGGCCGUAAUUAAGUCGGACCAAUUAUUCAGUGGAAUUAAGCACUAAAAACGAUACGCUAUAAAGGACUAAUAGAAGCACUUUAGUUUUAUU